GGACAGGGGAACUGAAAGUAUAGCUGUCGCGUCAAUUUAUAUGCUCCCAUGACUUGCUGUCAACAGAAGUGCCUGUGAGUCCUGUGCGUCUGGAAAGAUGGAUAAAUUCAAAACGGUUCUUAAAAUUGUUCAGAAACAGCAGACUAGUCUCGGGUUUGGUUUAGUUGCGUUGUUAACUGCAGGCGGGGAACAGAUAUUUUCGUCAGUGGUGUUCAAAUGUCCUUGCAGCGGCUGGAACUUUUCCUACGGCAUGGUGUUUCUCUUAGUGCCUGCUCUGGCACUGUUGGUGUUAGGUUACAUCAUGAGCAAUAAAACAUGGAAAUUGUUUACAGGUUUGUGUUUACGCAAAUCCAAAUUUUGUCAUUUUAAAUAUGUUUGCUCCUGUGGGGUGGUCUUCUUUCAGAUCACCACAACAGCAGUAGUUGCACCUGUCAGUUGGAUUGCAGUCGCUUUGCUCAAUGGCAAUUACUUUGAAUGCGCCAUGACUGGCGUCAAUGCAACGGUUUUCACAAACCACCUUUGCGAUGGAAAGAGUCCGCAGUGCCAGAGUGAACUUUAUAAAUUCCCCUGCGGGAGAGCCACCCACGUGCCCCAAUCCGAAAGCAAUGAUGUGCUGGCAACCAUCCGCGCUGAGUCGCAGAUCCUGGGUUGGCUACUGAUUGCCUCCAUCAUGGUCUUCAACCUCCUACUUACCUGUGUUGCCCGGUGUAACUCCCCAGUCAGCUACCUGCAGCUGAAGUUCUGGAGGGUCUAUGCCCAGCGGGAGAGCGACCUGCUGGAAAACUACACGGCAGAUCACGCCGAAAAGCUUGCAGAGAGGAACCUGAACAGCUUCUUCCAGCAGACGCGUCCAGAGCCUGUCACGACCCCAUCUAACCAGGCCUGGGAGAAGAUCUCGUCCCUCUACAGGUUCAGCACCAGAGACCACUACUACAGCAUCCUGCACAAGUACGUGGAGAAGUGCCAUGACCCUGCAGAGGCCAGGGACCACAGGAUGUCCUCUGUCAGGUCAGACGGUCCAGACACUGCUAAUCCAGCCGUGCUCGCUUUUGUGGAUGAGGGCAAGAUGAUGCUGUGAAUGGGCAUCCAUAUGACCAUAGGAACAGCAUCACUAUCAUGACCCUAUCUGUAACCAUCCUUAUUUUUAUCAUCAAAGUCAUGACUCAUUAUAGAGGAUUGUUGUCAGCAUUCUAAUCUUCGUCAUCAUCAUCAUCAUCAUUAUUGCUGUACAUCAGGGGAUUUUUCAGGAGAAAGACCAAUUACAUCUGAUUAACCACUCUCAGGUCUUCACUUGAAUAACAAUACUUCCCAAUUUUAUAUUGUUACUUGAAAGUUCACUCACUGUAUCACGAGUGCUGCUUGCAGCUUUUUAUUUGAAAUUCUAUGCUCAGAAAGGAUUUUUUAAAUUUUAUUUACAGUUUAUCAUACUUUCUUUCUCUUUCUCUUUCUCUUCUACUUUUCUUUUCUCUUUAGUAUUUCUAUGGUCCUCAGACUUGACCUACAUACAGGUGGUCUGUGGUAUUAAACAGGAAAUGCAUCGUCUGGUUCUAUGAAAUGGGGCGGCAGGUAGCCUAGUGGUUAGAGUGUUGGGCCAGUAACUGAAAGGUUGCUAGAUCAAAUCUCCGAGCUGACAAGGUAAAAAUCUGUAGUUCUGUCCCUGAACAAGGUAGUUAACCCACUGUUCCUAGGCCGUCAUUGUAAAUACAAAUUUGUUCUUAACUGACUUGCCUAGUUAAAUAAAAAAGAAGGAGCAUAUUUACUUCCUGUUAGCUAGUGCACUGCAAAAUACUUUCAAGUAAAAGCCUGUUACCAGUGUACAUGUAGUAUCUUUAUGACAGUAACCCACAAGAAUAUUUAGUUGGACCUUACAAGGUCUCCAAAGUAUAUUUGUGUUAUUGUUAUUUAUAUUAUUGCCCUGUAGACCGACCAUUGCCACACGUGAACUGCGUUGAACAUCAGCUCUGAAUUGAAUAAUAACUUAGCGAAAUUGUUUGAUUCGUAUCUCUGUGUAAAGUAGUACUAGUCAGAGAUUGUCAGUAUUUCUGUUACAUGUAUUUGACAUACAGAUUUCAGUUACUUUUAAUAUAUAUAUUUUUAAUUUUAACAAGGUACUUCAGAGAAUGGUAUUUUGUAUUUUCAAAAUACUACAAAUACUUUUCUCCAAAAAAUGUAUAGUGGUUCACAGUUGUGUGGCCCAAUAUCAGGCCAAAUUUGCUGCAUCGGUAUCAGAAGUCUUAUGGUACUAUCGUGUGAGGCCAUGGAAGUUGUUGUUGGAUGAGUGGAGGAGCAUGAAAGUAUGCACUUUAAGUAUAAGGAUAAUGCAGCAAUUUGGUCCAAAAGGGGAAAGUAAACUUGACUUUGAAAGGGAACACGCUAUGUUAUUGCCACAAUGUCACUGCACUCACUGUCAUUCGGGAAGUGAGUCCUGUGCCUCGACUUUCUUUCAAACACCUUUUCACCUCCACCUGCACCUCUGGUUACGUCACGCUCACAGUAUCUCAUUUCUGACAUCAAUGCAAACGAAUUUGAGGUAACAGGGGGCCACAAAGCUCUGAAGACUAACAUAUACAUUGAUAAAUUGGUCAUUAGGGUAUUUUUUUUAAAUUUUGUAACAAGAUACAUUUUGAUUUAGUACAUUAGGUACUUGAUGUGGCUAGUACAGCCCUGUUAAAAGCUUCUCUGUGGGAGAAAUCAAUGCACUCAGAGCCUUUUAGGGUGAGGAGAGUAUAGCUUCAUCCUGUGGGAAUUGUAGAGCGUAGAAACUCAUCACAGCCUUCUAUAGGAAAUGGGAGAGGAAACUCUUCUGUUUACCAACCACUGACUCAGAACACGUGUUUGAUCUGCCCAUUUCUCCUUUUUCUGAAAAAAUGGUAGGUCUUAUGCAAGUCUAAUGUAAUGUCUAGCUAGCUAAAUGAUUGUCUAUAAAACUGUGCUCUGUGUUUAUAUUGUUGGGGUAUGCAUGAUAUGCAUCUGCGUGAGGUUCCAUAGCUCAUUAUUAACAUUAUUGUUGAUUUCCAUUUAAUUUUGCAACUGCUAAUGAAUGCAGUGCAGCCUUGGUGCCGAAAUACCACAUUGCUUCGUGUGUGUGUGUGUGCGCGUUUAUGCAUGUAAGAGAAAGUGGAAAAGAAAGAGAGGGCGAGAAAGAGAGAGAGCAAAGGGUGAUUUCAUAUACUGUAUAAUGUUGUAUCUGGCUCAAGCUGUAUGGGAAUUUAAUACAGAUAAUAAAUCGUGUUGCUGAAAUCACUGUGCUGCUCAAAUAACUAUUGAAAUA